AUGGGGAAGAAGAAUAUGAACAAACUCUCUUCUCUAUUCAAAACCGGAGCCGGUGGAUUACUCGCCGUUCCUCUCUGUUACAAUGCCAAAACUCUCUCGUUUCGAGUCGGUGACGACAUGAUCAAAACGGUAAACUCCGUCUUCUUCGACCACCACCACAACAACAACAAUGGAGAUUUAUUAGAAACCGAAACUCCCGAGUCAUGGUUCACUAACUCGUCCGAGACAGCGACGAGUCACUCAACCGAGUCAGAUCAAGACCUCGACGCCGAAUCUCUAGAGAUGGUCGUACGCGGAGUCGUUAGAUCGGAGAGAUUAUUCUUCGAUCCAGGAGUUACAAGCUCGAUCGUCAUCGAAGAGAAACCAGAUCGCAAAACAGAUCCGAUUGAAGAGAUUAGCGUUGCGGUGGCGAUGGAAUCGGAAGAUCCGUACGGCGAUUUCCGGCGAUCGAUGGAGGAGAUGGUGAGUAGUCACGGCGAGUUAGCUAAAGAUUGGGGAAGUUUGGAAUCGAUGCUUGCAUGGUAUUUGAGGAUGAAUGGGAAGAGGAGUCAUGGAGUAAUCGUGAGUGCUUUCGUUGAUCUACUCUCCGGAUUGUCUGAUUCCGGCGCCGGAAAUACGUCGGCGUCGGUGACGGAUUCUGCUCGGUAUUCGACGGCUGUAUCGUCUUUACCGUCGUCGCCGUUAUAUUCGUCGUCUUUAGGUCAAACGGAGAUUGAAGAAGAAGAGAGACGGAGCUGUUAA